UUCGAUGGUUAUAUGGACAAACUUUUGAAGAUGCGGUAAAAUCUGUUUUACGUAAGCCAGAUGAUUUUAAAACAGAUCAAUAUUUAUUAUUUCUUAUUAAUAUGUUACAAGUAACUGAUAUUUAUGACGUUGAAACGCUGAAAGAUAAAGUAGAAGAUACUAUUAUUAAAGGUCGAUAUAUUGGUGUUCGUAAUCUAUGUAAAAUUCUAAUAUCUUCGGAAGAUUUUAAUGCACAACAAUUAAGAAAUUACUAUAUAAGACACAUUAUAUCAAAUAGGAAGCUUAUAAAAGAGCAAUUAUUAAAACUUAAUACAAAUGCGGCAAAUGAUGUUGAACAAUUAGAAAUAUCACAAAUGUCACAAAAAUUAGAACCAUUCUUAACAGUUAAAGAAGAUAAAAUGAAUAAUUAACAUAAUAUAAAUAUUUUCACUUUAAAUUUAUCUUGCUCAAAUAACGGAUAUAUCCAUUUCUUCAACCCAUUCUUUUAC